CAAUAAUCAACGGGUAUAUAAGAGAGCGCGCGUGUAAUACGUUUAUGUAGGAAUGGCGGAAAAAGAGAAAGAGAAAGAGAAAGCGAAAGCGAAGGAGAAUGGUGAAGUGACGACGGUGACGGAAUCGGCGGCUGGGGAAUUAGAGGAGUUGCCGAAGACAAUUGUCCGGCGGCUGGUGAAAGAUAAGCUCUCUCAGCUCUCUGCCGAGUCUGAAAUCACCGUUUUCCGCGAAGCCCUGCAGGCCUUCUCCGAAAGCGGUCGCAUCUUCAUCCACUACCUCACCGCCACUGCAAAUGAUAUAUGCAAGGAGUCGAAUAGGCAGAUAAUAAAUGCCGAGGAUGUUUUGAAGGCGCUUGAGGAGAUAGAUUUUCCAGAGUUUGUUCAGCCUCUCAGGGCCUCUCUUGAAGAAUUUCGCCAAAGGAAUGCUGGAAAGAGAUCAGGAUUCAAGGCCAAGGAAGCUGAUAGAAAGGGCAAAAGGAAAGAGCCACCUACAGCAGAAGUGGAAGAUGAGCAAGAUGCAACUAAAAGUGAUGAAAGUGAAGAUGGUGCUGAUGACUGAGGAGAUUUUUCCCUAAGUUAGCAUAGCCACCCCCCCCCCCUUUCCUCCUCCUCUUCUCUCUUAAGAAGGUAGCCAAGCAUAAAUUAUAGUAAUACGGUCCAGAUGGAUAUAUUGGGUAUGCUUGAGCGUGUGUAGCCUAAGCCUACUGAAAGUUGACGUGGUUUACAAAAUUGGCAUUUUUGGUGCAGUCUCACUUGCUAUAUUAGGCUUUUCUUUGGUCUUCUUGAAAGCUGAUACUUGCGUUAACUGAGUCUACCUAUUGGCCAUCCCUUUUGCUUCUGUCCUCUAAAGACUGAAUUGGAAGAAGGGAGAACAUUCAGUUGCAAAAAUAUGCUAUAUGAUGCUGAAAGCUACUACUAUUUUUAAAUGCUGAAAGCUACUUGGAACAAAGAAAAUUCCGUUCACCAUAGAAGGCUAUUUUCUCUGUAAAUUCACCUUGGCUGAUGUUUAUGUUUCAUAUCAAUAUUUUCCAGUU